AUGUCCCAAAAGUCAGAAGCGACAAUGCCCAUUGUCGCAGUCCUGUAUCAGGCGCUGGCUCCCCCGACAUAUGGCGGGGUGAGCAAGCCGCGGAAGCCUGGAGGAUACCGCGAUUCGGGCUCAGAUAUCGCCUACACGUUAUCUCGUACGGGUAUCCCUGUACUGACACCCGUGGAAGCACCAGAUCCGGCAAACGAGAACCACUGGUGCUUCCCUGACACCGAGGAGGGCAUUCUGUCCGCGGUGAGAAAGGGCGCCACCCAUCUGUGGGCUAACACGGUACUCUUUGCGGCGCAUCCACUACAGACCUCGUCGCUGCUAGAUGCGCACGAGUCCAGUCUUAAGGUGGUCGGCCAGCCGCCACAGUGCUUUGAUAUGUAUGACGAUAAGUCAUUUCUGAACGACGCACUUCGUCGUCGGGGGAUGAGUCUUCCACGUUCGUGGACUGUCCAGGAUCCCCAUUUGGCUACUCCCAUAUCUCAAGGAGAACGAGACAGGGAUCUACCGGCCGUUCUCGCCUCCAUCCCUGAGUCAGACUAUCCUUUAGUAGCCAAACCUGUUCGUGGCCGGGGCAGUCACGGAGUGAAAAUAUGCUACACCCGCGCCGAUCUGGCAGAGCAUGUGUCUGCCUUGUUCGACGAAUCCCCCCGCGUGCUAGUGGAAGAGUACCUUCGCGGAGAGGAAGGGACCGUUACCGUCCUCCCGCCGUCCGUGUCUUCAAAUGACCCCACGGACUAUGCAGGCCACAAGGCUCUUCCACCUGUCGUGCGCUUUAAUCACGUCGAUGGCAUUGCUCCGUACAGUGGCAAAGUGGCUGUGACAACCAACUCGCGCGCUGUUUCAGCUGUGACCCGUGAUGCUGACCCGGCCUAUGCGGAUAUUAUGAAGCAAUGUGAGGCCGUUGGAGACCUGUUGCAAACGACAGCUCCUAUUCGCAUUGAUAUUCGGAGAUUUGAGCCGAGAUCGCCUUUUGCCUUGUUUGAUAUUAAUAUGAAACCGAACAUCACUGGCCCUGGACGGCCCGGCCGUGACGACCAGGCGAGUUUAAUGAGUCUUGCAGCCAGCGAGCUGGGCUGGGAAUAUUCUACAUUUCUACAGUACGUGCUCAGCACGGCACAGCCUUUGCGCAAUUUGCGGCAAUAUGCCAGUCCAUUGCUUGAAUAA